AUGGCCAUCGACCUGAUCUCGCCCACAGCCGUGACCUUCGGCGAUAAGGACGCCGUGCGUGUCCCGGUUGCCAGCCGCUUCGACAACUUGGUCCUGGCGUUGAAGGAGGCCCUUGGCCCCUCGUCAGGUCUGACCUCGGACGAUGUCAACGUUGACUUCCUCACACGCCUCAUGACCGACUAUGACAGCCAGCCUGCCGAGUGGUCCAAGUACGCCUUUGGCGACGCCAGCAGAGGCUACACUCGUAACCUCGUCGACGAGGGCAACGGAAAGAGCAAUCUGCUCGUCCUCGUGUGGUCUCCAGGCAAGGGGAGCCCGAUCCAUGACCACGGCAACGCCCACUGCCUCAUGAAGAUCCUGCGCGGUGACCUGACAGAGACUCGCUAUGCCUUCCCUGAGGAGGGCGAGCCCGAAGGCCCCAUGAAGGUCAUCUCGGAGAAGACAUAUAAAGAAAAUGCCGUGGCAUACAUGGCCGACGAGCUAGGACUGCACCGCGUGUCCAACAAGGGAAGCGACUUCGCCGUCUCGUUGCACCUGUACACGCCGCCCAACGUGGCCAAGGCGGGAUGCCACAUCUUCGACGAGAAGACGGGCAAGAGCAGCCACAUCCCGGGCUGCCACUACUACUCAGCAUAUGGCCGGCUGCUGAAGCAGUAG